CGACUCGGUUUCUCCGCAUCCUCUUAUCGGUCCUAUCGGUUUCCUUCCUCUCCAACCGUCUUCCCCGAUCCUUCUUUUCCACCUCCGCACCGUCGCUUUCGAUCGUUUUUACAAGUACGCCGGAAAUCCCAGUCGCGAUCGAGCGACACUACCAACGCGAACAACUUGUUCACGCCUACGCAAACACUUGGCACAACGCCCCCCUCCUUCCAUCCUCCUCCCAUUCGUCCGAGUGCCUCCAACCUCCAGCCCACGAUGAACCCCGACGGCGACGAUGACCGGUCUUCCUCGACCCCAACCGCCAUAUCCAAGUCCGCCUCUGGACAGGAGAAGGAGAAGCCUCGUCUGACCGACCAGGAGAAGAAGAACAAUCACAUUGCCUCCGAGCAGAAGCGCCGAGCAGCGAUUCGGGAAGGCUUCGAUCGACUUACGGAGUUGGUGCCUGGACUGGAGGGGCAGGGACGCAGUGAAAGCAUCGUCCUACAAAAGACUGUGGAUUUCAUCCAUUUGAAGCUCCAGGAGCGGCAAAAUUUAAUCACAGAGAUUGAGAACAAGGGCGGCCGGGUGGAUGAUUCAUUCCGGCCAUCAUGAAAAUGCUGGAUGGUCGCUUGAUCGACCAUCUUGCAUAUACUACGUUCUCUUUGCAUCAAUCCCUGUACUUGCGCCGACCUUGUUCUGAUGGGUUGCGGUUCGGUUUACUCCAUGGGCGGGGGCACGGAGGGAUGUACCGAGGUCCCGUCGCGGCUCCUUCCCACACGAAAGUGAAAAUUAUGCAUCUGUGACGAGUCUCUUUUCGAUUCUACUCCGCUUCUCAAUUCCAUUUCUUUCCCCGGUCCUGCGAGAAUCAUCGGCAUAUCGGGCUUUUGCCUUGACGGUUUCCCCCGUUUGACACGUUAUCAAGCCGGGGUAUCAUUUUCUGCUGUUCUAUUUCACUCAAUGGGUGCCCCGCGGUUAUAUUUCCCCACAUUUUGCAAGUGGUUUUCUGGGGAAGUUCAGUGUUUCAAGAUCGGGCGAUCGCCUUCUGUCACAUGCUACAUUUACUUUCUUUGUACAUCUUUUUUUUUCUCGAGGCCCAGAAUGUAUGCUACGGGGCUAUUGGGGCGUUAAGUUUACUGGCUGGUUAUUUUCCAAUGAAAUAUAUCCCAAUCUAAUAUUACAUCAAUUUAUGCCUG